AUGGUCUCAGAUGAAUCGAAUGAGUCUUACUUCACGGACGACGAAGCGACGAUGAAUAUGUCCUUCCAAACCGCGAUGAAGGAGGCUGACCGUGCUGAAGGGAUAACACCUUUCAAAGAUAUACCGGAGCACUUAAUCGAACGGACACAAACAGGAAAGGUCAUCAACGUACGACCACCGUCACCUAACAGUCCCACGUCAACUCUGAAGAGACGCGUGAAGGAGUUGGAAGAGGAACUCGAAGCCAAGGAAGGCCUGGUGACGAAGAGGAAACAGGAAUAUCAAAAUCGGAUAGGAACUCUGGAUGCUCGUAUCUAUGAACUGGAGCAACAACAGGCCGACUUGGAAAGCGCAGCGGAUGAAUGGAAGAUUAAAUACGAGCGUCAAAAAGAACUCGCUGAAGAGUACCUGAAAAUGGUAGAUGACAGAGAAAUGGAAGGUCAUCUUGCGGUUAGCGAGUUGAACGAGAGUAUGUCAGAAGAAUCAGCUGAAAGGUCACGGCACUUAGCCGAAUUAAAGGACGAGUGUGACCAGUUGCGUCAAAAGGUCACUGAAGCUGAAACUAAACGGGACGAAUACGCGACCAAAUUCGCAGAGGUCACACAACGGUUAACGACAUUGGCAACGGAGACGUUCAAACUAAGGAAUGACCUGAAGCUACGGGAGGAGGCUGUCAGUACUCUGCAACUAGAAUCGAAAGGUCAUCAGGAACGGGCGGACGAAGCUGAGAAGUUGCGCAAUGAUGCAAUCAAAGCGAUGCGAGAGAAGGAAGCACGGCGACUGGACACAAUGGUCACAACAUUGGAGCUGAAGGACAAAGAGUGGCAACAACAGGUCGCUCAAAAGAGUCAGGAGAUUGCAAAGCUGAACACUGACCUCGUCGAGAUGACCACCACAGCAUUGGCAAAAGAUGAUGAGUUGAUCGCAAUCAAGGAUCAGCUGAGAUCAGCCGCUGGGCAGUAUCAGCAACUCGAAAACGAAUCGAGUGAGGUGGUCGAGCACAUCAAAAAGAUGGAACGGGAAAAUGAAAAGGUCACCCAGCAGGAGUCUUUUAAACUGCAGGAACACUUACGAAAGGUCAACCUGGAAAAUUCUGAUCUAAAGAGAGAAAGAGAAGAACUUCAACUGAGAACUAAACGAUUGGAAGAUGAGAACAAGGCGCUCCAGACGUCUAACAAGCACAAAGAUGAACAACUCCUACAAUAUGGAGUUAAAACGGCAACAGUGGAGUCCCCUCCGCCCAGUUACAACCCCCCAGCCGGCAGGAGCGUCCAAGGAAAUCCCGUUAUGGAAAAGCGAAACGAAAUCAAAGUGAUGAUGGAAGUAGCGAAGAAGACGAUGACCAGAGAGCAGAAAAUACAGCAAUGCAACUGA